AUGUUUUCCGGAAUCAGUUCCUUUGGGGGAGGAUUCGUUAAUAUCCCACAAAAAUUUGAAGAGUUCUUUAGAUGUUAUCCAGUUGCCAUGAUGAAUGAUAGGAUAAGGAAGGAUGAUGCUAAUUUUGGUGGUAAAAUUUUCCUACCACCAAGUGCUUUAAGUAAAUUGACGAUGUUAAACGUUAGAUAUCCGAUGCUUUUUGAAUUGACGGCUAAUGAAAAUGGUAAAGUGACACAUGGUGGUGUUUUAGAAUUUAUAGCGGAGGAAGGUAGGGCCUAUCUUCCUCAGUGGAUGAUGGAAACUUUGGGAGUCCAACCUGGAUCACUUUUGAAGAUCGGUUCUACAGAUUUACCACUGGGCCAAUUCGUUAAGAUACAACCACAAUCGGUGGAUUUCCUUGAUAUAACAGAUCCCAAGGCAGUGCUAGAAAAUGUGCUGCGUAAGUUCUCCACUUUGACUGUUGAUGAUAUCAUUGAAAUUAACUACAACGAUAGCUUAUACAGAAUAAAAGUUUUGGAGGUAAAACCCGACACAUCAUCGAGAGGUGUGUGUGUCAUUGAAACUGAUCUGGUCACUGAUUUCGCUCCACCGGUGGGUUACGUGGAGCCAGAUUAUAAGGAACUCCAGAAGCAAAAGGCAGAAGAGAUUAGGAGAACCAAGCAGGAUCCAUCUGCGCACGAAAAUGGAUCCAUGUCAAGAAGAAUCAAUUAUAAAGGUAUGAUCAAAGAUCAUCAGAAAAUUCAAUCAGGUUUCGUAGGCGAUGGUCAAAAAUUGAGUGGUAAGCCAGCAAAUAAAAGCUCAGAACCGGAAGAUUUUUCUAGGAUUAAAAUCUCUCUUGAUGAUGAGCCACUCAAAUUGGAUUUGCCUGAGGGACAGCUGUUCUUCGGGUUCCCCAUUGUCCUACCCAAGGAUUCUGAAGAGGAAGAUACUCAGAUAAAUAAGUUUCAGGGGCAAGGUCAAUCACUGAGGAAGAGUAGUAAGAGGAGAGACAAAUCCGAUCAUGAGAGUUCUAAAGCAAAGGCACCAAGAAGUCCGGAGGCGAUAGAAAUAGAUUGA